UUUUGUUUUUUGGGAUUCUGAUCUUCUCUAGGGUGGGAAUCGGGAGAGAAAAUUUGCCUUUUUAUUCAAUUCCAUUUCACAGACUCUCUCUCAUUCCCAAAGGCGAGAAGGUCUGAUCGCUUCAGGUGAUACGAAGGAUUGAGUUGAUUUUCAAGAGCAUCUGAGCUUACUCGAGAAUGGGCUACAUUGGGUCUCAUGGCGUGGCUGCUCUGCAUAAGCAUAAGUACAGUGGUGUCGAUCACUCCUAUGUCGCCAAAUAUGUCCUGCAGCCCUUUUGGAGUCGCUGCGUGAAUCUCUUUCCCCUUUGGAUGCCGCCAAACAUGAUAACUCUCACAGGUUUCAUGUUCUUAGUCAUAUCUGCGCUGCUUGGCUAUGUCUAUUCACCUCGUUUGGAUUCACCUCCCCCAAGAUGGGUUCAUUUUGCACAUGGAUUGCUGCUUUUCUUAUAUCAGACAUUUGAUGCUGUUGAUGGGAAACAAGCCAGGCGUACAAAUUCUUCCAGUCCAUUGGGAGAGUUGUUUGAUCACGGAUGUGAUGCGCUUGGAUGUGCGUUGGAAGCCGUGGCUUUUGGGAGCACUGCUAUGUGUGGAAGGAGCACUUUCUGGUUCUGGGUUAUUGCAGCCAUCCCAUUUUAUGGUGCAACAUGGGAACACUUCUUUACCAAUACACUUAUUCUCCCGGUGGUAAAUGGACCCACGGAGGGUCUCAUGCUGAUUUAUAUGGCCCACUUUUUUACUUCUAUUGUUGGUGCUGAAUGGUGGGUCCAACAGUUCGGGAAAUCCAUGCCCUUCUUCAGUUGGUUACCAUUUGUUUAUGAUGUCCCAACAUACAGGCUUGUGUUAUAUAAUAUGAUGGCUUUUGCUGUUAUUCCAACUGUAGCAUUCAACGUAUACAAUGUCUAUAAAGUCGUGCAAGCAAGAAGAGGAAGCAUGCUUCUGGCAUUGGCAAUGCUUUACCCUUUUGUAGUGCUUCUUGGAGGAGUUCUAGUGUGGGACUAUUUGUCUCCUAAUGAUAUUAUUGGGAGCUAUCCACAUCUAUUUGUGGUGGGAACUGGACUUGCAUUUGGUUUUCUUGUGGGAAGAACGGUUCUGGCUCACUUGUGCGAUGAACCCAAGGGCUUAAAAACUGGAAUGUGCAUGUCACUGUUGUAUCUUCCAUUUGCCAUUGCAAAUGCACUCACUGCCAGGAUCAAUGAUGGAGUUCCUUUAGUUGAUGAGAGCUGGGUUAUUCUUGGUUACUGUAUAUUCACAGUGACACUCUACUUGCACUUUGCCACGUCUGUCACUCAUGAAAUCACCUCUGCUCUAGGAAUCUACUGUUUCAGGAUAACAAGGAAAGAAGCUUAAGUGCAGCCUAUAUGUCUUUGAGGGGCAUGUUUCUUGCCACAUACAUGUACCAUAUAGGUGGCGGUUUGAUUUGGCAAAAUCUGGAAAGGCUUCUAUUUUUCCUCACGUUACAGCUCACUGAUUUUGAUUAUCAUAUUCUGGUUUAUUGUACAAACUCCCUCAGCUUAAUAUGCUCAUAUUCGGUCAACAACUAGAGGUAAUGUAUAUUUGGGUGUUCCUCGUACAUUUCUCCAGUUGGGGAUCAAUCCCAUUCUCCCAAUGUUGCUCAGCAAAUUUAAUUUCAUCCGAGUGUGGCUGAUGGUGGAAUUUUAACAGAAUUCAGUGCACAAGUUCCAGUUCAGUAAA